UCAACAAUAAUAUUAACUGUUGAAAUACGUGAUGAUCCAGUGGAAGUUUUAUCAACCAAUUCUAUUGUUGAAACCGGAUCAAUUUCAAAUAUUUGUUCAGCUAUUAUUAAUCGUUAUCAAUCAGGUGAAUUACAUCAAGCAUGGGCAGAAAAUCCUUCUACUGGCAAUACAACACCAAUAGAUUUAAGUAUUCAAGAACCAUUUAACCAAUCAUCCAUAUCAUUAAGUAUAAUUCAUCAAAUAGAACUUGCUAUCCUUCCAUCAUCUUGUCGUGAACAAAGUCCAUGUGGUAUACAACCAAAACUUAUUGCAUAUGAUAAAGAUGGAAAUGUAAUAGAAAAAUUAGGAUCAAAUGAUCAACCAUGGCAAAUUAUUGCUAGUGUUGUUGGUGAUUCAAAUAUAACAUUAAUUGGCGCAAUUGCAAAUUAUUCUAAUGGACAAACACAAUAUACAUCAUUUGGUUUAUCAGCUAUAGGUAAUUGUCAAGUACAAUUUGCUUUUAUUCAACCAAAUAAUGUAACAAGUUCAUUUAUGUCGAAUAUAAAUUUAACAGCUAAUUCAUCAUCAUUAACAAUUACAAAAGCUACAUUAGCAGCAAAACAAAUUGAUCAUAUAUAUGUUGUUUCAAUAAAUGAAACAUUUAAUAUAUCAGUUGUUAUUGUUGAUAGUCAAUCUCGUUUUCCAAUUGAAAAUAUUCAUUGGCGUAAUAUGACAUGGUCAGCAUAUAUUUCACUUUAUAAUUUACCAGAAUUUAAUAGUAAUGGAACAUUAAUUAAAACAAAUACAUCAUCGAUUAUUAUUGAUGUAGUAAAAAGUACUAUUAUUGCAACAAAUUUAAUAAUUGAUACUGUUGGAAUGUAUGUCAUUAAAGUUCAAUUAACAUCAUCAAAUAAUGAAUAUGUAUUUUCACUUAUAUCAAAUGGGAUUUUAGUUAAAAAAAAGUUCAAUGAUAGUAGUUUGCCAUCAUCGAAUAUAACAUUUAUUGGAGAUUAUGAUAAAUUUCAAACAAGUGAUUUAUUAGAAAUUAAAAGAGCAAUUAUCUAUAAUUAUUUAAUUCGUAUUAGAAUGCCAAUUACUAGUGAUAUUAUCUUAACAAAAGGUAGUGUUAUCGUAUUAUUUGAUGUUGAUUCCGACCCUGAAAGUUUAGCAUCAGCUGUAGACAGUAUUGCUUCGGAUCCAAAUGCUAUAUCUGAUUUAACAGCUAGUUCAAUAAAUAUUAAUGGUAAAACAUAUUCAACUUCAGCUUCUUCAUCCAGUUCAAGCGAUGAAAAUUCAUCAUCAAAUCGUACAGCAUUAAUUAUUACUGUUGUUGUGGGUCUGGUUGGUAGUGCAAUAAUUAUAUGUGGUGUGUAUUUUGGUAUUAAAGCAUAUGAAAAACACCAACAACGUCGUCGUCUUAUAGAUGAAUCUAGCGAUCAACAUGCAUUUGAUAAUGCUGGAAUGCAAUCGGAUGAAAAUAUUACAACAGAAAUGGAAACAAGAAAAAAUAAUUUUCAACUUACACAACGUAUACUAGAUGCAGUUAGAAUUUCGCCAAAGAAUACAAAUCAAGUUAAGCCAUUAAUUACAGACAUUGAAAACACAGAUCGACCACCGUCAAGUUCUGUUAGUGCCACUACGCUUGACUCUGUUAUUGAAAACAGUGACACUCAUACGAAUGCAUCGUUAUCAGCUGUUCAAUUGAAAAAAUGA